AUGGCUUCAACUUCUAGUUUCGCUCCUCCAAAACUUGCAGACUUCAUCCUCACAGAGAGGCUGGGCAGUGGCACUUAUGCUACAGUCUACAAAGCCUACAGGAAGGGGAACAGUCGAGAAGUUGUAGCAGUGAAAGUCGUUGGGAAGAAGACCCUAAACAAGGCGUCCACAGAAAACCUGCUUACAGAGAUUGAAAUCCUAAAGGCUGCUCAUCACCCUCAUAUCGUCCAGCUGAAAGACUUUCAGUGGGAUUCUGAAAACAUUUACCUGAUCCUGGAAUGGUGUUCUGGUGGAGAUCUGUCUCGCUUCAUCCGCAGCCGCAGGAUUUUACCCGAGAGCGUGGCCCGGCGCUUCCUGCAGCAGAUAGCCUGCGCUCUUCAGUAUCUUAAUGGACAAAAUAUUUCCCACCUGGACUUGAAGCCCCAGAAUAUUUUGCUCAGCGGCUCAGUCCUCAAACUUGCAGAUUUUGGUUUUGCCCAGUACAUGUCACCCUGGGAUGAGCAGAGUGUCCUGAGGGGCUCUCCUCUUUACAUGGCUCCUGAGAUGGUGUGUCGACGUCAGUAUGACUCCAGGGUGGAUCUGUGGUCGGUAGGAGUCAUUCUGUAUGAGGCGCUGUUUGGACGAGCACCAUUCGCAUCAAAGUCAUAUGCUGAACUGGAAGAGAAGAUUCGAAGUAAUCAACCCAUCGAGCUCCCUCACGGGGCCAGAGUCUCCAAGGACUGCAGGGAUCUUCUGCUGAGGCUGCUUGAGAGAAAUCCAGAGGCCCGGAUCACCUUCGCCGAGUUCUUCGCUCACCCUUUUGUUGAUUUGGAGCACAUGCCGAGCGCAGACAGUAUAGUGAAAGCAAAAGAGCUGGUUCUGCAGGCUGUUCAGAAGGACCAAGAGGGGGAGCGGUCUGCUGCUCUUUCUCUCUACUGCAGUGCCCUUGAGUACUUUGUCCCUGCUAUUUACUACGAGACCGAUCGACAACGUAAAGAUGCUCUCAGGCAGAAGGUCAGACAGUACGUGUCCAGAGCUGAGGAGCUGAAAGCCCUUCUUGCUUUAGACAACAGGCAAAGCUUCGAGGAAGCCCGGACCUCCCGAGAUGUUCUCCGAGAAAUGUCUCGAGACCAACCACGCCUCCUAGCUGCCUUGGAGAAAGCAUCUACAGCGAUCGCUAAGGAGGAGGGCGGAUCAGAUGAGCAAGAAGCUCUGGAUAUGUACCAACAGUCCUUAGGAGAGCUCCUGUUAGCUCUAGCAGCCGAGCCCCAGGGUUGCAGGAAAAAGUUGCUCCACAGCGAGAUAAAAAGCCUCAUGACCAGAGCUGAAUACCUCAAGAAGCAUAUUAAGAUGCAGGAGACUCAGAUGGACGUGUCUCUGGACCGAGAGUCUCUAACAGAUUCUGUCAGAAGCUCUUGCUGUUUGCAGUGAGCGGGGCGGCAGCUGUGAAACGUUGGAAUGCCCCACGGACUGUCCGUCAGUGUUCAGGUUCAGAUCCCUCACCACACCAGGCCUCUGCGGGGGCUAAGUCCCACCACAUCCUAACCAACUGAGUACACUAUCUGGGUGGGAUG